AUGUAUCCAUUUGGUCGCGGUUACUCCUACCCGCAGAUUGUAACAUUGCUCCUCCUCCUCCUCUCCCUUCCCCCGCCCCCUCCCCCCAACCCCCACCAUCGCACCCCUGUCCCCUCGCCCAGCGUCUGCCAACGAUUAAUGUUGAGUCCUGUCGCGGUGUCACUGCUGCCUCGUUACCCCCCAGCCUGCUCGGAAUCGUCACCUGGCCAAGCCAACUCGGAGUCGCCUGUCUCGUCCAAGCAAAACCCUUUCGACGGUGUGUCGGCCAAACGUCUGACGCUGCAGAAACUGCGUGAGCCCUGUGCCCUACGGUUGGAAGUCGUCAAUAAUAAUAAGCUUGCGUUCGCCUUUCAGCAACUGAAAUCGUCUCCAGCGAAGAGCCCAGACACUGCCAACACCCGGAAGUCUUCCUCGUCAACGUGGAAGAGCACCCUGGACGGGUUUUUCGAGUGGGUCUGCGACGCCCUCGCACCGAAGGCGUCGUCCGGAUCCCACAGUCUCAUUCCCGCCCCGCACACCAUGCCGCUUCACGAGGUCUUCUACGGUCCGCCGAGCGGCGAACUUGCUGCCCUCAAGCAGCGCAUCGAUCCGCCACUUCAGCGCGUUGUUCACCAGGCCCUGACUGACCCCGGGACUCAUCUCAAGUGUCCUCAACUCGCUCUCUCCUCACCGGACAGCGUGGAGCCUCACCUUCCCGACCUGUGCAUUCUGUUCAAGCUGUAUUUGGAGGCGGGCAAACUCAUCAACCUCCACGACUGGCUCAUCGCGUUCGCGACUGUGGUCGGUGACAACACCGACGGGCCAAACGAUAUCCCAAGCCAACUCACCCAAUGUCGCUUUCUGCUCGGAAUCAGUCAACUCGAGAUUCUGGGUUUUAUCAAGCCGACGAAGCGGCGGGAUGACCACGUCCAGAAGCUGGCCUUCACCGGUCCGCUGCAUUGA